AUGCAUCUAUAUGGUUUGUUGGUAGUCGGGAAUAGCAUUAUGGAUGGUACUUGGCUGGCAUUAGGUGCUAGCCGCAUUCAGGUUUUUGGUGGAAUCGAACAGCACCCACCUCCAGCGCCAGAUGCUGUAAUAUUGUAUGCAUCCAUAUGGUUUGUGGGUACUGCAUUCGGGUUUUUGGUGGAAUCGAACACCAUCCACCUCCAGCGGUUAGUGCAUUAUGGUACUUGGCUGGCAUUAGGCGCUAGCUGCAUUCGGGUUUUUGGUGGAAUCAAACACCAUCCACCUCUAGCAUCAGGAAUAGCAUUCUGCAUUUGGGUUUUUGGUGGAAUUAAACACCAUCCACCUCUAGCUUAUGCAUACAUAUGGUUUUGGAAUCAAACAGCACCCACCUCCAGCAGCUUAGCACGCGCGCUAGCCAUAAACAACUAUUUGCGACCUCAUAAGCUCUUUUCACCUCUACAAUCCACUACUCUCCGCUCCAGCAGCAGAAGCAGCAGCAGCGACGACGGCGACGACGACGACAACGACAACGACAGUGUGGCGUUUUCCCUAAGUCCCUUCGAGGCGGUACCUAUCCCGAAAGCCCCCCCCCUCCCCUCCUCUCCAUAUCCUCCACCCCUAUUUGCCGCCCGCUGCAGUGGAAACAACCCAUUGCACUCCAACAAACCUGCCUAG